UAUUACCCUUACUCAAUGACAAUAAUAAACAAAGGCAAGGAAACCGUGUAUCCAAAGAUCAAAGAAGUCUUUGAAGCUAUUGAUCUUUCAAGCAACAAAUUCAAUGGAAAGGUUUCAGAAUUCAUUGGGAAUCUAAAUGGCCUCCAAUUGCUCAAUCUUUCCAACAACAACCUCACUGGUCAUAUCCCACUGUCACUAGGAGACUUGACAACACUUGAGUCGCUUGACCUUUCUCAAAACAAGCUCUCGGGACAAAUACCUUGGCAACUAACACAACUCACUUUCCUUGGAUCAUUUAAUGUCUCACAUAACCAACUUACAGGGCUUAUACCUCAUGGUAAUCAAUUUGAUACAUUUGAGAAUAGUUCAUUCGAUGGAAAUUUAGGAUUAUGUGGAAAUCCAUUAUCAAAGAAAUGUGAAAAUCAUGAGCAAGCGCCUCUACCCUCUUCAGGCAUUAAAGAAGUUCAAGACUCUUGGUUUCACAUUGAAUUUGAUUGGAAAAUAAUCCUCCUGGGAUAUGUUAGUGGCCUUAUAAUCGGGGUGGUUGUUGGAAACGUUGUGAUUGAGAAGAUGCAAUGUUGGUUUGUAAGAACUUGAAGAAGGCAACUUAAAAGGUGAAGGCAUUCAUACGGGUUUGAAUCUGUCAUGAUGUGCUUCAAAGAAUUUGAUCUCUGUA